AUGCAUUACCGCGAUCCUGAUCUUGAACUUGUUAACAAGAAAGGCAUCAACAUGAACAGUGAUUUGACGUACACAACCUUAUUACGCGCUUCAUUGCAUCAACCAUUAGAAAAGCUCGCCCGCGUAUCUGUAGAAAUGGCUGCUUCCGAUACAAUCAUCCGUCCUGUCUUUGACAUCGUCAAGGAAGUGAAGGAGCAAGGGAGCGGCACCGAGGUCAAAUACAACAACUUGAAAGUUCGUCGCUUGCUAGAAGAGGCGGCUGAAAAUUUCAUGCUCGGGUUGGCUACGGUCGACAAAAGUGUCCUAGAAUGGCUCGCCGACGACUGCACCAUGAUCGGCCCUUCACUCGAUGAAAAGACGUAUCCAACUUACGUCGUUUUAACCAUGAAUAGUUUCUCCGAGAUUGACCCCGUACAGGAUGCCAUCGACUUCUGGUGUAGUGACGACAAUGAAGAAUGGUUCAAAGAAAUCCUGCGCGCCCAUUUAAAACCCCUCAUAGACAACAUCAACGCCGGAGGUCUCCAUAGCAGCUGGGGAUGGUUCACCCACGACGCGACUCUGACAACAAGCAUCAAUCUUCCACGUUACGAGGGAACAACCUUCGAAAGAAGAGAAGCAGUCAACGACUACCUCGCCAGCCAAUACAAUGCCGAACCUCGCAUGAAGUUUGUUCCACUCCUUUUCACCUACGGUCAGGGCCACAUGGCAUGUCAUGCGUGGUAUAGAGUCGACGACGAGCACGGCCUUUCCAGCCCUCGCGAUCAUCAGCUCCUCAUCACGGCGAACUUCAACAAUUACCACAGACUGGUCAGCAUGGAGUUCAGCGAGUAUACGGUUGCGGGGCCGGCGUCUUAUAUUGAGAUGGUGGACAAUUGCGUCGCUUGUAGGGCCAUGACUUCCAUGACGCGAGAGAGACAGAUGGAAGAGGACGCGGACGAUAGCACAGAUGAUGAAGCAUACUCGGAGUGGCCUCAUCGCAAUGAGGACCACGACCACUGAGAUUAUUGGAAAGCUUGACAUUGUUACCGGGAAAAUGGUUCCGUUAUACGAUGCUGAGGUUGAGGU